ACAUAUGAUCCUACUAUCGAAGACUCAUAUCGUAAGCAGGUGGUAAUUGAUGAUCAACCCUGCAUUUUAGAGGUGUUGGAUACAGCAGGACAAGAGGAGUAUACUGCAUUACGAGAUCAAUGGAUUAGAGAUGGCGAAGGAUUUUUACUAGUGUACUCAAUUACAUCACGUUCAACAUAUGACCGAAUUGAACGAUUCCGUGAUCAAAUAUUUAGAGUGAAAGACAUUGACAAUGUACCGUUAAUGCUUGUUGGUAAUAAAUGCGAUCGAGUCACCGAACGUGAAGUAACACGAGAGGAGGGCUAUGCAACCGCAAAGAGGCUAGCUUGUGAAUUUAUUGAGACUUCAGCUAAAACAUGCGUGAAUGUUGAAAGAUCUUUCUAUCAAGUAGUAAAAGCCAUAAGAGCCCAAAGAGAAGGAUUACAUGCUCCUCCAAAAGGUGUCAAACCAAAGAAAGAGAAAAAGAAUAAAUGCUCCAUUUUAUAGUAAUUCUAUCCCAUCCCCCAUUAGGAAAUACAAUCGUGACGUAUAAAUAAAAGCCGAGAUUUAUUAUUUUUUAUUUA